AUGUAAUCUAGAUAAAACUGCAAAAACAUUGAACCUAAGACUAUAUUCCUAAAAUUCUUCCAUGAAAACCCUUAUGUAAAUAGGGCACUUGAGAUUGAUAUUUUUAGUCACUUAUCUAAUCAAGGAAAGGUACCAAAGCUGAUCUACUAGGGUACAGAGUAUAGAAUUGAAGAGUACAUAUCUGGAAGAUAAUUAACAGUAUUUGAACUAAGAAAUAGGACAAUUUACAAUAAAGUUGCAGAAUUUUUAUGCAAUCUCCAUUAUGAUUUUUCUCUUAGAUAAAUAGCUGAUGAACACCUUGGGAAAAAUUAAGAAAACAUAGAUCCUAAAAAGUACAUUGAAUAGUAUUCAAAGCAACUACGAGAUUAAGUUUUAGCAAUUAAAAAUUACCUUCAAACGCACUAGCCAGUUGAUAAUAGACUCGAGAUACUAAUAUAAUUUGAGGAAAUAUUUUUACCUGUUGAUAUAGUGGAGAGAUACAUUAACACUUUGAAUCAGCUAGGUGAGUCUAUUAGUUAUGUUUUGACACACAAUGAUAUUUAAGAGUGUAACAUCCUGGCUAAAGAUGAAAAUAACUUGAACUUCUAUGUGAUUGAUUAUGAAUAUGCUACUUUUGCACCUAGAUCGAUGGACUUAGCCAAUUAUAUAAAUGAGACAGUCUUUGAAAAUACUUACAAGUGUGGUAGCGGGGCAAAUUCCUAUGGUAGAUUUUGA